AUGGCCCCUGGGUCUUAUUUGGAAUCAGUCACUGGCCCACGGUCCCAGACCAAAUGCAGGCUCGAGCUCCUGCCUACGGAAUUGCGCAUUGCCAUCCUGUUUAGUUGCCCUGAUCUAGACACACUUCGAUUGCUAGUUCAUGCCUCGCCGGUAUACCACCGCGCGUAUCGGCGCGUUAGACAAGAGGCUCUCCUUCAUACACUCCAUGCAGAGUACGAUGGACUUGUCGAAAUCACAGAUGCGAUCGUGGCCGUUCGCUCAAGGGGACUAUACGCUGUAGUACCAUCCAACAAAGAGAAAAUCUAUUCGCUUCUAGACCAAUGGCGUCGGCACGAGGAAAUCCGUCGCCUGGACCUCCCGUCGGCGAGAGAUCUUCCCGACAAACCGGCCGGUUUUGACGAGAUCAUCCGGCUCGUGCGGCUGCAUAAGAUAAUGAAAUUCUGUCUCAAUGACUUUUGCAACACCGCGAAUUGCCCAGAAUGGAUCGAACCGGCGCGGUGGAAGACUGAUAUGCUACCGUUUAGUCUAUCUCGUACCGAGAAAACCCGCUUCUUCAGGGCUCUCUAUCGAGUGCAAAUCUAUGGCAACAUCUUCGGCCACAAUGAAUUCUGCGUGGAUGAGAAAUUGCCUUUGAGAUACCGAUACAACAGCUGGGCAGACGAAACCUUCUCCAUAGAUGAAGGGUGCCGUGUAUUCUUCGGCACUAUGACACCAUGGGAAUUUCAAGAGUUUGGCAGCGCGUGGAAGUAUAUUAAAGGACGAUAUGCGCAGCCAUACGAGGAGGUUGCCGCGCUUUUUCGAGGGUUUGAACUACUGCCCAUGGACCAAUUUCUAGACAAGACCGAUCCCCCGCUUCCCAUAAACUGUGCCGUUCUAGACACCCACGAUCUCGAUAGGUACCGGGAUGAAACCCAGGCCUGCUUGGCUACGAUGGGCCCCGCAUUUUUCUACAAGUUCACUCGCAAGCCGGACAUCGUGCACCGUCGAGACCUGAUUUUGGUCAACGCAUGGCACAGCUGGACAUAUUUUCCGGAGAUGCUCAGAUGGACUGACCAUAUAUUUCCCCUUUUCUAUCCGGUAGAGCACUUCGAAGCCUGGGAAGACUGGAGUGAAAGCAGAAGCCAGUGGGCCAGGUUGCCGCCUAGCCAGCGGCCAAAUAUCGCGUGUGACGUGACUUGGUUCACAGAGUCUACGAACAGGAGGAUCUCUCGUCCUCUCUAUGCAUGGCUUGUACGCGAAAAAUAUUGGGAAUGGGCGUAUGCUAUCUGGGAUGACGAGAGACUGAUUGGAUGGAGAAUACCCCUGCAUAAACUUCGUUCUAGUAGUCGGGAUUGA